AGUUUUCCAAUUAUUACGGAAACAGAUAAGAAAAAAAAAAAAAUCAAAAAAUAACCUCCCGAUACUCUCACCAACUAGAUCUUAACUACAACAAAAAAGGUGUCUUGUAAUUUUUCGAUUGAAGGAAAAUGUUUGGUAGAAUAGUUGUUCAUAAGUAGAAAAAAUAAAUAAACACACAUCAUAGCAAAAUUAAUACAGUUCUCUCGCUGCUUAGAAUCUAAAACUAAUAUUAUUAUUGCUAACCGUUGAACCAUCUUAUUGUUCAAAGUCCUGCACUAGGUUAUUGACCCGAACGACUUUCGAUAGUUAUAUUUUAAUACGUCGAAAUCGCGGAAGAUGAGAGUACAACAAAUGCUACUUUGCUAAAUAUUGUGAAUUGGAAUUAAAUCAAUUGUAUCAUCAAUAUACUUAUGUGUAUAUUUAAGUAUGUUAAGUACUUAUAAAUUGCUCAAAAAUCGAUCGAAAUGUUUUCAAAAUGUUACCACGUCUAAAAAUGGCUAAUAUAAGUAUUCUAUAAAAAUUUUAGGUUUCUUUGAUAAUUUUUAACCGAAUUCCAAUAAAAAAAUUAAAAUUCGUUUCCUUAUGGAACUGCUUUAGCCGUACAGUUUCCCGGUUUUCAAGUUUUUCUAGUUAUUAGGAAAAUUACAAGUAAAGUAUACACUUGAAAAUUGGAGCAAGAACCCUGGUUAGAAAAAUUGUUUACAGACAGAAAAAACACAUCAUAAUUAAGCGCUUAGAAUGUAAAAAAUAUAUGAAUUUUUUGACGUUUGUUUAAUUUUUUUUUUUUUGAGAGGGAAAGAAUAUUGAAAUUUUAACUAAUUUCGCCACUCCCUCCUCCAUUAAACUUCAAUUAAAACCACUAGUGACUUAUCUACUGUUAUUAAUUAUUAUAUCAUAAUACAUACACGAUACACCCUCUUUCCCUCGUGAGUACGUCCACGUAAGGGUGACACGAAAUAAUAUAAGUAAUAACACUUUAAGUUUCAUAUGAAAACUUUGGAAUACCAAAAAAAAUUAAAACUAUGAACGUUUUUUGAUCGUAUUCAUUAUAUUUUUGUAUUUGUAAAAUACAAUUUUUUUAUUAUAUCUGUUUGGGGAGCAGAACAUUCGUAAGAAAUUAGGAAUAUAUUGCCUAUUGCGCGUGCUGCGUUUAUCCGUGGAUUACACGAUUGUACACGUACUGAAGGUGGGGACCUUCCGAACGAAUAGGUUUUAAACAGAAAUCAGGUCAGAGGUAAAAUAACAAAUUCAGAACCUAUCUGAAGGCCACCGUGUUCGAGCAAAUGUUAAAAUAAAAGUAAAUUCCCGUCUUGUAUUCUUCGUUGACUGUUUGUUUGUGUUAAAGUUCACAUUCGUACGGCGACUAGCUGACGGCCAACCGACCGCGACAGCAACUAUAAGGUCGAGCAAAAACCAAUUCGAUUUUCUUUUUCUUUCAUCAAUACGAUUUAUCGGUACGAACAUAUUAUUGCAAAAUGAAUCUUAUACCGCCAAACGAAAUACAACUUGAGCAAAUCAAAAAGCAGGAAUUCUAUCAGUCGGCCGACCAAAUGGACCAGGACGUCACUCAGCUCAUCGAAUGGAUAGCCAAACAACCACAUUUACCCAAAAUCAAAGGUGAGUUGUUAAAUAUGAUAUCAUGUUUUCGAAAAAAUCAAAACGAUUCCGGUCGAGUAUAUUGGGGUUUCUCAAAAUAUGUGAGGGAGGUAAUUUGGGGUGAUUUAAACUAUUUUAAACGUGAAAGAGAUCAUAUUAUUUAGAUUAUGUUUUGUUUAGUGUGGAAAAUAAAUUACUACUUGCAUAAAAAUGCAAGUAAUAGUAGUAGUAAGAUAAAAUAACAAUGUUUUUUCUUAAUGACGUUUUAGGCUUAUUCGGGUUUUAUAAUUUUUGUUUUUCAUACGGCGUAUUUAUUGUUUUUAUUAUUUCGUUAGGUAUCGAAUUAUUUGCUACAUAACUAUAAUUAAUAAAAAUUUAUCAAAUAUGAGUAAAUGUGAUUAAAUACUAAUUAUUGUAAUUUUAGCUAUGCCAGCAAAUUUCAAUGACCAUUGACUUUUAGUAAUACAACAUACAUUGUUAAUACUAUGUUAAUGUAUUUUGUAUCGUUGUUCGUUAAAUAAUUGUAAAACAAAUUUGCCUUUAUAAUAUAUCUAACCAUUGUUAUCGAUGUUAAGACUUAUAAAAGUACAAUAUAUGAAAUGAAUAUACAAAAAUUUUAACUUCUAUAGUCUUUAUUUGUACAGAACCGUUCGCGAUUUAUUUGAUCCAUUGAUUUCACCAAAUUCGAAAUUUAAAUAUAAAAAUAGUAUAAAAUGUUAGGUUAGAUGAUUAUUUUUAAAUUUUUUUAUCAUGAUUCAACGAAGAUUUCGGGUAAAAAUAAUUUUGAGUUUUUAAGUCGUUAUAUUAUACCGGGUGAUUCAUUUAAGUGAGUACACUAAUUAUCAUAAUUAAAUAAGUAAAAAUACUAAUUAUUAUAAUUUUAGCUAUGCCAACAAAUUUCAAUGACCAUUGACUUUUAGUAAUACAACAUCCACUGUUAAUACUAUGUUAAUGUAUUUUGUAUCAUUAUUCGUUAAAUAAUUGUAAAACUAAUUUACCUUUAUAAUAUAUCUAACCAUUGUUAUCGAUGUUAAGACUUAUAAGAGUACAAUAUAUGAAAUGAAUAUACAAAAUUCUAACUUCUAUAAUCUUUAUUUGUACAGAAUCGUUCGCGAUUUAUUUGAUCCAUUGAUUUCACCAAAUUCGAAAUUUAAAUAUAAAAAUAGUAUAAAAUGUUAGGUUAGAUGAUUAUUUUUAAAUUUUUUUAUAAUGAUUCAACGAAGAUUUCGGGUAAAAAUAAUUUNAGUUUUUUCGGAUUUUGUUUUCUAGAUCUUUUAAGAAACAAGCAACUUUACAAUUUUAUAUUUAUGUUAGUUUUUGUCACCCUUAUUUUUGGGGGUAAAACCACUACCUACUUUUGAUUUUCAAAUGGCAAUCUAUAUUAAAAAUUUCAUAAAUAGAUGAAUUAUUAUUUAAAAUAAAUUUUAGUGUUGCCAUUUUUGAUUUCCGUAGAUUCGUUAACGAGAUAUUCCACUUUUGAGUUUGGGUUGGAGGAGAGUAAUGGAGUAUCAUUUGUGUGGUGAUGCGGCGUGCUAAUAAUUCACCACUACUCUCCUCCAACUCAAACUUAAAAGUUGAAUAUAUCGUUAACAGAUUGACAGAAAUCAAAAAUUUCAACGCUUAUAUUUAUUUUAACUAAUAAUCCAUCUAUUUAUGGAAUUUUUAAUAUAGGUUGCCAUUUGAAAAUCAAAAGUAAGUAGUGGUUUUACCGCCAAAAAUAAGGGUGACAAAAACUAACAUAAAUAUAAAAUUGUAAAGUUGCUUGUUUCUUAAAAGAUCUAGAAAACAAAAUCCGAAAAAAGUUAAUGCGUUUCGAGAUAAUGAGUGUAUCCACUUAAAUGGAUCAUCUGGUAUACAUAGAACUGCGAAUUUAGUGAUAAAAAAUGUUCACGAUUUAAAUCUUUCUUAUUCAAAUUAUUCCAAUUUCAUUUUACAUAUUUUGGUGUAAUCACACAUUUGUAAAUGUUUUACUAGUUUUUAAAUCUUUUGAAGUAUAUUUUGGUGUUUCAUCAUUUAUACGUUAUUUAAUGGCAGUUUAAAAAACAUUUUAUCAUCUAAUAGACGACAUUUAACAUUCGAUCAUUUAUGAGAAAUUAUAAUUAUUUAUUGAUUCGAGUAAGAAAUUAACCAAAGUUAAAUUUUUCUCGACUAUAUUUUUAUUUUAUACUGUUAUUUUUGUUUAUAAUUAUAUUUAAUUUGAAGUGUAAUCCAGUUAAGUGACUACACUCGAUAAUCCGAAAAGUAUUGAUGUUUUUCAAAAACAUUUUAUUUUUUUGAUAAUUUAUAAAACAAGCAACUCUAAAAUGUUAAUUAGUAUUAACUUUUUUCAUCUUUAUUUUUAGGGAUAAAACGAAUACUUAAUUUUGAUUUUUAAACGGUAACCUAUAUCCUAAAUAGGUUGGUGUUAGUUAAACUACAUUUUGGUGUUGACAGUUUUUAUUUUCAUCAACCCGUUGACGAGAUAUUCUACUUCUAAAUUUAGAUAGGGGGAAGAGUAUAUAGUGAAAUACGUAUCAUUUAUGUGUCGGCAUAGCACGCGUUGCGUUUUAAUAGUGCUCCGUUAUUGACGUAAUUAAAUUUAACUUUAGUCUAGAGGUUUCAAACAAUUAUUCUGUUGCGAGUGUCUAUAGAAAACUGGUUUAUAUAUUGUUAGGUCAUGGUAAAAUAUAUUAUGGUUUUUAACUUUUUUUUUACGAUAUUUUAUUUCAUGUACAUUCACUCCCAUACGUAAAAUAUAUGAUUUCGGUUCGAUAUAACGCAACCUACUAAUAAUCAAGAAGAAAUUUAAUAUGCUACCGACAAUUUAAUAAAAAACGUUGUUUAUCUCGAGGUACCUUGGAGGUAUACUUGAAAAUUCGUUUUUAUUUCUCGUAAAGUGCAAUUUUACUUUUGGGUUACCGUUUUUUUUCCGCAGAAGUUGCCAAACACGUGAUAAACGUAUAAACACUGUUAUUAGUUAUAAUGUGUAUAUUUAUUCAUCAACGUUCCGCAGAAAACUUUUAGACUUCGGCACUUAUAAAAAACAGGCUUUUAUAAAUUAUGCCUAACUUUCACGUAGGUAUAACGAAACAUUUGUUUUAUUCAACUAAUGCUUAAACCGGGAAUUAUUUAAGAUAGAAGUAACAUAAUUUAAUGAAUGAUAAAAUAAAAUGAAAAUAGUAACAAUUACCUAGAUACGUGAUUGUAAGAAAAAAUCAUUUUAUUCCUCCUCAUAUAUGACCGGUACACGGGUUAUUUUUUUAUAUAGUCAUCUUGUAAGAGCCAUCGAUACAUUUUCUUUCUAGGUACGUCACUGUAAACAAAUCGAUAAUGUGAUAAUAUAUUAUUGUAAUAUUAAAUCGUUUGAUGUUUCAUUAAAUUUAAUUUAGAUAGGUACAAACUACGAGAACGAACCACACGAUUAUUGUAAUGUAAACGCUGAAAACAAAUUAUUUUCUAAUUUUGUUAAAACUUACAUAAAUAUACAUGCAUGAAGAAUUAAAAACUAAUCUGCUUCUUGAACAUUAUUUCGUAGACAGAAAAUGGUUAUCGCAUUUAAUCGUCGGAUGCAAAUACAGUUUACACAAAGCGAAACAAGUUGUGGAUUCGUAUUUCGUUUCACGUGCCGAGCAUCAAGAAUUUUUGGGUUCAUUCGAUAGGGACCAUCUUAUAGAAGCUACUAAAACUGGGCAAGUAUAUAAUAAUAAUAUAUCUUAAGUAGUCAUUUAGUAAAAAUGAAACGAAAAUACAAAAUAAAUUUUAAAAAAAAGGAAAAAUAAAAAAGACGUCCUAGGAUAAUGGGGACGGUUGCAGCCACUGUUAUAGGUAAUCUGAGCGGAUGUCAGUUGAUAGUGAUGCUUUGACAACAAUAUAUAUAUGUCAUAUUAUGGUAAAAUAAUAAAAUAGGCAUUACACGUUUCCUUUAAUAAUAUUGGUUUAAUGUACCGAUUUUCCCAUUUUUCCUACGCUUCUCCUUUAAGUACCUUCCCAGUUAUAUUUCCUUUUUAGAAAAAGUGAAUCGGUGCAAAAUUUUGCUCCGAAUCAUGGUGAAUCGGAGCAAAAUUACUGGUAGAAAAGUUAUCAACAGAAAAAGAAAUUGUAUUAUUUUACUAUAUUUCGUAUAUUUUCCCUUUUUCCCUCCGUUUUUUUUUUCGGUUUUUCACAUUUGAUGAGAAAACUUCUAAGAAAAUCAAAAAAUUACCACCUUAUAAUGUACCUCCCCACACCGAUUUUCUUCAGAAAAGGUGCUACACUUAAAAAUCGGAGUAUGAUCUCUGGUAGAAAAACUGUCCACAAAAAAAAAAUAAAUUAAUUAACAUCUUUGUAAAAUUAAUAUUAAUAAUAUUAACAAUUAAUAUUAAUAAAUAACAACGUUGCAGAGCGAUGAGCGUGUUUCCGAAACUGUCACCGGACGGUUACCGGAUUGUUUGCACGAAAACCAGACAGACCGUCGACGAAAAAUUCGAUGCCUUGUGUUUUUGCCGGGCGAACUUGGCCGUUCUGGACUUGCUGCUGGAGAAGGAGCCGAUGCACGGUAUCAUUUAUCUGUACGACCUGCAAUAUUUGCGGUGGUCACAAUUCCUGGUCGUCACGCCAACCAUGACUAAAAAUAUUUUAAGUUGUUGCUUGGUGCGUAAACACACCGUAUAUUCAUAUCAUUACAAUUUGCAAAUUUCUCCUUAUAACUACCGUAGGUAACCGUAGGCUAUUCGCACCUCCAAAAUAUAUUUACUGUAAAAACAUAUAUACUACAGGAUAUUCUUAUUCCUAAUAAAAAUAUCUUUGGUUGCUCUUACCUCUACGUUAAAAAUUUGUUUUCAUGGUGUUGAUGGGGGGGGGGGGUGUUCAAUAUAUUCUACGUUAAAAUUACAUCCCCCAUUAAAGUUCACUGAGAGGAAUGAAUAUAAUACAUUAAUAUCCAACUUACAUUUACCCUCAAUAAUUAAGCAUGCGGGGUGUAAUCAACCUAGGUUAUUUUUACCAGGGGUAAAAUGAUCGUAUGAUUUAAUUACUUGUGAAGGGAUGUUAAUUCGAUUGAGGGUACUUAACAAAAUCUUAUUAAAAGUAGUAGAUGUCCCCGUGAAUUAUCUAAAACUAUGUAAUAGACGAGUAUCUCGAGGUUAUAAAAUCAAAAUCUAUCGGUUUAAAUUAUUCAGGCCUCAGGGUAAUAAUAUGUUGAUCCACAACAUAUGAAUACAACCUUGAAAACAAUCUCAUAUGAAAUAAUAUACCUACUGAUCGACCUUGGUUUUAAUCAUCGUAUCUUAUAGACUCAGAUCCUACACUAUUAGAACCUUAAGACUAUAUGUCAAGGAACUAUUUUUCAUAUGAGAGGGGGACAAAAAUAUCGAAAGUAUAAUUAUCUAUAGUUACACCAUUUAUAUUUUCGGACACCCAUAUUUACCCACAUGAUAUACAUGUAGUGAAAGGGCUCAUUUCCCAAAUCUGUAUUAUUUAUAUUUUACUCUUCCAUUUGUGCUAGAAAUAAAAAAAAAAUGUUAAACCAUAACACAUAAUUUUUUUUUUAAAUACCUAUAUAAUGUAUAUUUUAGUUAUUUAUAUAAUUUGUAGACAGCAAACUUUUUUCUUUGUGAUAAUGUAAACAGGAAUCGCAUUAAUGUUCAUUUUGAGCACUGACUUAAACACAUUCUUGAGUAUAAAUAUAAAUUAAAAGUAAAAACAAUAUUAAAUUAAAUGUCUGUAAAUAUACAGUGUUGUCAUAGAUUAUAACAUAACAAAUUACACGUAAUUUGUAUAAUGAAUAGUGAUGACUGAUGUCACAGAAUUAUAAUAAAUUUUGAAUGGUUUUUUGAGACCAUAAUAUCAGUCGUAUCAUAAAGUAAUGAAACAAUAUUAUUUAAAAUUUAAUUUAAAUAUUUGUUUUUAUUAUUAAUAAAGUUUUAUCCAUAUUUUAUUUGGGGAAGGUGAAAUUAUACGUUAAUCUCCCUAUGAUUUGAUCAGAGGAAAUUCCCUCUGCCACCCUUGCCCCGGAGCCACAGUUCCGGAGCAGUCUUUUUUAGUCUUACUAAAAGUCUUAACGUGAAAAAUCACGCAAGUAAAGCCUUAGAUUCGGAUCAUACACUAAUUGAAAGGCUUGGUGCAACAACCAGAUAAAUACACUUUUUUCGAAAAUGCACUUUUUCAUUGAUUAUUGUGUAGGGAAAAAUGACUUACAUUUAGGUGCAACAACAAUUUAAAUACAAUAAAUAUAUGUAUAGUUUUUAAUGAAAUUAGAUUUAUCUUGUUUUUGUUUUUGCCUCAAAUAUUGUGGUUACCCCAAAUGUGUUUUCUAGACAUGGUAAAAUAUCUAUAAUCAUCGGACAACUUUUUUUUUUUAGAAGCGUUUUGAAAUUAAAUUUAAACGAAAAUCGCAAAAAAAAAAAUUACGGCACUUCAAUUUAUGUGUUAUCAAACUGCACUCGGAAUCGUCUUUUAUCAAGCAAUGUUUUAUCGUUGCUUACAGAUAUAAAUGAUAUAACCUUAUGUAUCCUAACUUCUCAACUUUUCACCUAUAACAGUAGCUGCUCUCACCCCCAGUAUCAGCUCUAUUUUGUUUUUCAGUUUUAUUUUUCAUUUAUGUUAUUAGAUAGAUUUGCGUUAUUGUAUAAUUUCGUUUUGAUUUCUAGUAUAUUUAAUAUUUUUAAUCCCUAGUACUAAAGGUUAGGUUUAAUCCUUAAUCGCUAAAAUUUUGGACAACAUUAAUGUGUAACUUUAUGGUAAAUGUACCCGAAUAUUUACUAAUAAAUACACUGACCAUUAAUUGUUGCACUUAUAUAGAAUUCAUUUCCGGUGCGUAUUGGUGGUGUCCAUUUUGUGAACCCGCCAAAGUUUAUAAGCAGUCUGGUCGGUUUCUUCAAAAUGUUCGUGUCCGCUAAAAUAAAAGACAGAGUGAGUUUCAAUUAAAUAAUUAAAUAAUUAAUAGUUGGUACCUAUUGUAUUGAAAUCAGAUUUAUCGGCGUAAUAAUAGGUACCUAAUUAAAAAAGCGUAAUGUUUUACACAAUGAUAUAUACACGCCUGCAAUACCGCAUUUAAUGGUACUAUAUCAUUUUUUUAUUUUAUUUUUUUCCAUUUCAGAUAUUUAUUCAUGACUCACUGGAAGAAUUUUAUCAGUACAUCCCGAAAGAUGUUCUUCCGGACAUAUAUGGUGGCACCGCCGGAACAAUGGAGAAACUCGAAAGUGAGUAAAGCACAAUUUUUUUUUAAAACCACAACUGCGCGAUCAAGAUUUAUUUUCGGGGACGAGGAGGAGGGUUUUAAUGAAUUCCAUACAUUUAUUACGUUGAUUUCGUAUUUCACCGGGGAGACGUGGGGUCACUUCCAUCCAGCAUGGUUGCAUCUCUGUAAAUCCGUAUAGUAUCAUUGUAGUGUAAUUCUAUACAAAUGUUACCAAAUGAAAUAAUAAUAUUGAUCGUGGAUUGGUAGAAACGCGAUAAUUUCGUAUUAUAAUAAUACAUAAUGCCCACGAACCGUAUAAUAAAGAAACAAAACGCCGAAACGUUCGUGACGUUAUGAAUAUUAUUUCGUGUUUGUUUAGUACACAAUACAUUAUUCAUCGUAUAUUAUGUCGGGUCGAUUAGGAAUAUUGAACAAUAUUUAGAACAUAUACUUAUAGGAUAAAAGGUUAAAGCCCAGUGAUAUUGUAUACGAAUAUGGAAUUAUGGGAGUUGGGGAUAUCCCAAGUGCAUCCUAUUUUUAACCCAUUUUUUAAUCUUUUUCAUAAUCCGAAUGCGCCCACAGUCGUAUUGAUGCUGCUGUAGGUGCCUAUUUACACCGGGCGGGAAAGCUAGUUAUAAAAAAAGCACUAUUUGACAUAUUAUAAUAUAAAAAGUACACAAAUAAUAUAUAAGUACUCUAAAAACUAUAUAUGAAUUUUGUAAAAAUAAUUUUAUUUAAACGCCGGCCUUUAGAGUAUAGUAAGUAUGGACAACAUUUUUAACAUUUUUCUUGUGAAUUAAAAAAUGAAAAUUAUUUUAUAAAACUCAACUAACCAUAAUGAGCGUAAGCCAAUAAUAGAUAAGAAAAUAACUAAAUAUGUUUGAGAUAAAAGUCAGUUCACCUUCUCAUGGUGCAUCCUGAGUAAAUCUAAAUAAACUUGGGAGCAUACAAACUACGUUGAAAAUAAGAUAUUUUUUUUCUUGGGACGCACUUUGGAAAAUAAGAAUCGUUUCGGGACGCAGUACGCGAAAUAUAUGCAUCAGGAUGUUUUGCUUAAACGUUAUUUAACGACGAUAUGUUUUUUUUUUUAUUAUUGUAGAGGAUUUAUUCGAAUAUCUGCUAUCCGAAACGGAAUAUUUGGAAAACAGACCGAUUGCCGAUUUGUCCAAACGACCAGGACAGCAAAACGCCAACAACUUUGGCGUGGAAGGCACGUUUAAAAAACUACAGAUCGAUUAAAUUUACAGUAUAGUUUGAAAAUGUUGGUAAUAAUUUACGGAAGGUAUGCCCAUAGGCUUACCCUCGGGAGAUGCCAGGUGAUGUUCCAUUCAGCUUAAUCCUCAGUUUUUAGUUGUUACUUAUUUUAAAAUUAAAACUCAGUUUAAGAACUUUGACCAAAACGGUUUUUGUUUUUUCUAGUAUAAUAUAAUCUGUUGCGAUAUUAAAAAUUUGAACAAUAUCAUACGCGUAUGGAAAACAAAUAAUGUCUUUGUUGUCAUUGAAUUUUAAAAUUAAAACUAUAUUUUUACAUGCUCACAUUUAUUU